GCAGGUAGUUUGCGAUUUGCCGAAAAAAAAGGUAUCCCUCAAGGUUUAUAUUGCAUUGCAGUUGCCCAAAGUAAUUAGUCGAAAGUGUCAACCGAAUGCGUCAGCAUCAUUAUGAGGAAAUUGUGUUUGCUUCUUUUGAUGGCACAUUUUGUGGCCUCCAGUAGAAAUUUAAAUGAAAUUCUUGAUCGUGACGAUUGGAUUAGCAUGGCCAAAGAAUACAUUAGGAAUCACAAGCCUUAUACAGCAAAAAUCUACGAACCAUACCAGCCGCAAGUUGUGACUUUUACCAACCCAUUUAAAGGAGAUUUUUGGGAUACGACCACAAUAGCAAACAUUGUAGAAUCUACAACUUCUCCUCCGGAUGAGACAAUUAAUUACUCCACUGAGGAAAAAGCCACCACAACCAGCAGCACUGAGGAUACUUCCACAUCGCCGCCUGAAUUUUCAACUACGGAAUCGAUUUUUGUAACUUCUGAAACGCCUGAAACAACUACAAGUAUUUUUGAGUCGACAACUUUGCCGGAAUCAACCACAGAAUCGAAUGAUUUUACAACAGAAUCAAAUGAAUCCACCACAAAAGAUCAGAGUACAACGGAAUAUAUUUUAGAUUCUACAACAACAUCAAGCCCCGAUUUAACCAGUACAGAGGCUACGGAUUUCACAGAAACAACCAGUGAACCAUCUUCGGAUUUUACUAAAGAAAUAAAUCCAAGCACUACAGAAAUUCCACAAUCAACGACAAUCACUGAGGAUUUUACUACACCAACAAGUACUACAGAAAUUAAUCCAAUCACUACAGAAUUGCCGGAAUCAACUACCCAAUUUAACGAUCUUACAACAGAAUUGAAUGAAUCAACGACUGAAAUAUCUUCAGAUGAUCAGAGUACAACGGAAACAUUAGAAACCUCCACAGAAGGACUUGUAUUAACCACAGAAAACCUGGAAACCUCUACAUCCCUGCUGGAAAUUAUUGGCACAACUCCGGGCAUAGAAACUACAACAUCUUACCUAGAUACAGUGAUUGAUAGCACCGAAUCUGGAUUUAAUUUAACAACAACUGAAAUAAUUCCAACUCAAAAAGAAACCACAACAACCAGGCGAUCGAAUUUCGUAGAGGAUUUUGUAAGACCAAGAAAGAAAUUGAAGUACACUUCAGACACAGAGCCUGAACUUUACUGGUACUAA